AUGGCACCUUUCAAUUGGACUUUCAGAGGUAAGAUCAAAGUUUAUCCGCUCACAAAAAAUGACAUUUAGAAAUCAUGCAUUCAUCAUUUACUGUAAACCUCCCUCACAUCUAGUUCCCUUUUCUCCGGUUCAAUAUCGUAAUACACAAUUUCUUAUACUGCUAUAUUGGUAAAUAGCGACCGUUCGCCAUUUAUCCUAUACAGGGUGUAUAAAAAAAACUGAACAGAUUUGAAAUUGCUCUCAAUUUCGCAAAACAGCUAUUAGUAUCCAGUUUUUUAUAUAUAUAGCUUCUUUGGGUACUUAUAAUGUAGAAUAAUGAAAAAAAAAUUCUCAAACUCAAAUUUUGUAAACCAGGGGGGUGUCUUUUCCAACAAACUAAAAAUGGCUUGUGCACGAAAUUUAAAAGCUGUAAUCGUAUUUUGAGUUAAUGGGUGAAAAAUUUGUUGGGUAUUUAACUGCUGCACAAAAUUUCAGAAAAUUUGCCUCAGUUUAGGCCUUUAACUAUUCACGCAAACUUUUGCAUGCUUAAUUAAUGCCUUUGCCUAAUUCAAGUCAGCAAUAUGCAAGUUAGGUAAAGAUAUUAAUUAAGCGUGCAAAAGGCUGAUUUGGGGGGGGGGAUGAAUACUUAAAGGGCUUAAACUAAAACAAAUUGUCUUGAAAAUUUGUACAGUAAUUAAAAACCCAACAAAUUUUCCAUUCAUUAACUCAAAAUACGAUUAAAGCUUUUAAAUUUCGUGCGCAAGCCAUUUUUAGUUUGUUGGAAAAGAAACACCCCCCUUGGUUUACAAAAAUUGAGUUCGAGAAUUUGUUAUCAUUAUUCUACAUUAUGGGUACUCAAGGAAUCUAUAUAUAACAAAAACUUGAUACUAAUAGCUGUUUUGCGAAAUUGAGAGCAAAUUAAUAUCUGUUCAGUUUUUUUAUUUAUACACCCUGUAUAGUCAAGGAUUCCCUUUUUUAUACUGCAAUACAUUUUGUCAGGAGGGGCCCAAAAUUUUACCAGGGGGGGCCGGGCCCUCCGGCCCCAGCCCUGGCUACGCCUCUAGCUGAGCAUUGAUACCACAAACUGGUUUUCGAAAUUGAGAGCAAUUUCGAGUCUGUUCAGUUUUGAUACACCCUGUAUUGUCCGCACCAACGAGGAAAAGGAUACGUAACUCAUUCAAGUUUUUCCUACUUAAAGAGAAGUGAUGCACCGAUAUGGAAAUUCACCGAUAUUCCGAUAACCGAUAUUGAAGGACCGUCGACCGAUAUUUUUCCAAUACCGAUAUUUUAUGUCAUUUCACAAAAUUCAAAGAUGACAUUAUGACAGUUCUACUUUAACACUUUUGAAUUUAAUUCAAUUCAUUUGUUUCUAAAUACUGAAAAUAUCAAAUGAAAAGCUGCGAAUGCAUGCAACAAACUAGUAUAUUACUACGUCAGUGACUGUUUAUUUGUAAUAAAAAUAACUAUUGCAACUAUAACCAAUCAUUAAUAUUUAAUAACAGUUUGUAAUAUCGGUAAUAUCAACAACAAAAUUACCGAUACCGAUAUUUCUAUUUUAGUACCGAUAAGCCGAUACCGAUACACCGAUGUAUUCGGUGCAUCACUAUAUAUACAAAGCGUGCAUCACGAAUUCAAAGGAAAACAUGUAGCUGUGACUGGAUGAUUUAAAAUAUGCGUAUUAAAGUAUACAAAUGUUCAGUCAUGCAUUCGUGUUGUAUUGUAGUAAUAAUUAUGUAAUCAUGAAUGCAUGAGUGAACAUUUCAAUACUUAAAUAUGCAUAUUUUAAAUCAUCCAGUCACAGCUACAUGUUUUUCUUUAUGACUGUGAUUUUUGCCCGAAUUUCGCGAUUCGUGUAUUAAAGAAUGUGAUAGAAAAAAAUUGAAGCAUCUUUACACAAGUAGCAAAUGUAUGAAACAACCAAAACAGGCUAAUCAACAAUUAUGCUAUCAAAUUUUUGUUCUCUGGCCCCGUUCUCACCUUUCUCACCACUUCUCGUCAGCCUGCCUAUACACGAAUCGCGAAAUUCGAUUGCGCAUCCAAAUGACGCGUUCUAAGUCGGCCAAAGCCCAGAUUCAAAGUAAAACAUGUGGCUGUGACUGGAUGAUUUAAAAUAUGGGUGUUAAAGUAUUGAAAUGUUCAGUCAUGCAUUCAUGUUGUAUUGUAGUAACAGCCUCGUCCCCAGGCGCUUUGAUUUGCUGCGCCUACAGAGCCGUCCACUGCUUGCGUCGGAACCCACACGUCUGAGUUGGAGCCUGGGGACGAGGCUGUUGUAGUAAUAUGUAAUCAUGAAUGCACGAGUAAACAUUUGAAUACUUAAAUACGCAUAUUUUAAAUCAUUCAGUCACAGCUACAUGUUUUUCUUUAACUGUGAUUUUUGCCUGAAUUUCGCGAUUCGUGUAUACCUUCGCCUCCUAAACACAACACAUUAAGGAGGAAUUACUUUUUGUGUUUUACCGUGAUUGAACCAAUUAGGUAUUUACUAAUAUAUCGCAUUGAUACUGAACAUUAUAGAAAUGGCAUUGCUAGAAAAAUAAUUUUUUAGUAAAUUCGGGCAUUUUAACUGCCCUUCUUCAGGCUGGCGAUCCCCAAAAAUUAUUUAUAGUCAUUUUCCCAAUCAAUAGCCUGAAGAAGGCAGUAAAUAUACUGGGCGCAACGAUGAAAAAAAAACACUUAAAAUUCUACAUAAUUUAUUGCAAGAAUUAAAAAUUUUCUUAUUUAAUUUUUGUUUAGAUAAACUGACUAACUAUGGGAACAAGUUUGUCAUAGGAUUUACUUCCCAAUAUUCCCUGCGUACCUACGGUUACGUUGGAAUAGCAAUUGCAGCUCACUUCGAUACAAAUGUCACAAUUAUCACACAAUCAACUUCGAGCGUUCCGUUGAACGUCGCCAUCCAUAUGAAAGAAGGAGAUUUCUUGGAGUAUGCUCUGCCGCGCUCCCUGCGAAUGCAAGGAAUCCAAAAUAAUGGUAUUCAGGUUUCGUCAACAAUGAAUAUUUCUGUGGCGUGUUUCAAUUAUUAUACAGGUGGGGAUGGAUACCUAGCACUACCAACUGACGCACUAGGUGUAACAUAUGUUGUUGCAUCAUAUACACCAUACGAUAGCGUUGCAAGAGCUAAAAUUGGUAUUGUGUCAAUACAUGACGAAACAACCAUUUUAAUUCAACCAAUUAAGAAUGCCGUUAUUGAAAUUGGUGGAACCGCGUAUACUCACGCGGACACGAUCCAUGUUUCUUUGGGUACACUGCAGUCCAUGCAAGUAACGAGUAAAUCGGAUUUAUCGGGGACAACGAUAUUCGCUUCUAAACCAGUAUCUGUCGUCUCUGGGGUGGAUUUGGGAAUUCCUGGCGGCACUGGAAGUUAUGACAGAUUAGAAUCAUUUCUUUUACCUGUCACACACUGGGGAAAACAGUACAUCUUAACAACG